AUGUCCGACGCUGCAACUAGAGCCGCCGAGACUCUCCGCUCAAAACAGAAACCUCUGAAAGACAAAUACCGAGCCGACCCUUCCUCCGCCCUUGUGACCUUGUCUUCCAGCGGAACCCUGGACCCUACCUCGACCAGCCUAACAUGUUCCCUCUCGUCGAGCACGGCCGCCCGGAAAGUGGCGGGUCUUCAUCGAGCCGCCGGCGGAGAGGGGUUUGAUGUUUCCGGUGAACUGUGCUCAGGCGACAUGCUGCUGGAAUCUCUGGUGGCUUGCUUUGGUGUUACCGUUCGCGCAGUGGCCACAAGCCUGGGGAUUCCCAUUAACAAUGGAACAGUCACAGCAGAAGGAGAUCUCGACUUUCGGGGGACAAUGGGUAUCAGGGAUCCGGAGGGCAAUCCUGUACCGGUGGGAUUCACAAAGAUCAGACUCAUUGUGCGUCUCGACGUUAACGAGGAGAACAAAUCCAAGGUGGAUAAGCUGGUCGAGCUGAGUGAGAGGUAUUGCGUGGUUCUGCAGACGCUGAAAGGGGGCGUCGGCGUCGAAACCCAACUGGGCCACGUAGGCAAUGUGGUUCCUGAUGCCCGAAAGAAUCAAGACGAAGCUCUCGACCAAAGGAAGGGGGAAGGCAUGUCAGACAUUCCACCCAACGAAGAUGUUCUCAGGGUCAACUGA